AUGGCCGGUAACUUUUGGCAAAGCUCACAUCAUCAACAGUGGUUAUUAGAUAAACAGGAUCUCAUUAGAGAUCGCCAACAUGAUUUAGGAAAACUAAGUGAAGAAGAAUAUCAGAAAAUAUUCAACUUUUUUGCUAGUAUUAUUCAAAUAUUAGGAGAACAAUUAAAAUUACGACAACAAGUUAUUGCAACAGCCACAGUGUAUUUUAAAAGAUUCUAUGCUAGAAACUCAUUAAAAUGCAUAGAUCCAUUGCUUUUAGCACCUACUUGCGUAUUUCUUGCAUCAAAAGUAGAGGAAUUUGGUGUUAUUUCUAAUUCGAGGCUUAUAACUACUUGUCAGACAGUAAUUAAAAAUAAGUUCAGUUACGCAUAUGGCCAACAAGAAUUUCCUUAUAGGACGAACCAUAUCUUAGAAUGUGAAUUCUAUUUACUUGAAAAUUUAGAUUGUUGCCUUAUUGUUUACCAACCAUAUAGACCCCUCCUGCUAUUUGUUCAAGAUAUAGGACAAGAUGAUCAACUUCUUACAUAUGCCUGGAGAAUUGUUAAUGAUUCUCUUAGGACUGAUGUUAGUUUAUUAUACCCACCUUAUCAGAUUGCAAUAGGAGCUCUUCACAUAGCUUGUGUAAUGCUGGGGAAAGAAAAUUUAAAACCAUGGUUUGCAGAAUUGAAUGUUGAUAUGGAUAAAAUUCAGGAAAUAGUAAGAUCAAUAAUUAAUUUAUAUGAAAUGUGGAAAAGCUAUGAUGAAAAGAAGGAAAUUCAGAGUCUCUUAGGAAAAAUGCCAAAGCCAAGCCCUCCACCACAAAGA